GAAAAGCCACCACUUCAGCACAUUCCGCUCCGGCGUGGCCAUCGGGCUCGCGAUUCACGCGCUCAUCUCGGGAUUGUACCUAAGUUUCCAAAGGGAAGUGAGGGAGGAUAUUGUGGGCUGGGACGCACUGCUGUUCGUGUAUGGCAUAUUCUUGAUUCCGGUGGUGUUCGCGCUGUUGGUGGGCUUGAACCUGCUAGUGUGGUCGAGGGCACGGGUGAAUUACGUGUUUAUCUUCGAGCUGGAAAUUCGAUCACGACUGGACUACCGCGAAUACUUCGAGGUCCCGGCGAUAUUAUUCUGCACGCUUUGCUACGCGUUCUGGCUCUCCUUCUCUCGGAUCGGGUCAGGGAACCUGUCGCCCACUGUAUACCCAGCCAUAUGGCUGCUCUUUGCAACCCUGACCCUGUUUGACCCGCUCCCUUUUCUAUUCAAGAAGUCGCGGUGGUGGCUCAUUAGGAACGUCAGUCGGUUGCUGACGUCUGGGACGCAUCGAGUAGAGUUCACGGAUUUCUGGCUUGGCGAUCAAUUCUGUAGUCUCGUAUGGACGCUUUCCAACCUGUAUUUCGUCGUUUGCGUCUACGCCAAGGGAUACGACGAUGCUUGGGGACGCUGUGCCUCUCCUCGCAAUUGGGCCAUGCCAUUCGUUCUCGCUUCGCUACCCUUGUUUGUCCGUCUAGUACAGAGCGUCAAGCGUUGGUACGACUCUCGGCUCAUCACCCAUCUUAUCAACGGUGGCAAAUACGGCUUUGGAAUAGUGAUGUAUGGGAUGUACUAUAAUUGGCGAUACCAUGGCAAUGCUCGCUCUGGGGCAAGCUUCGCGCUUUAUUGUCUCGCGGCUACGAUAUACUCGUCCUAUGCUUCAGCCUGGGACUUUCUCAUGGACUGGUCUGUGUUGCGCUUGCCGCCUAGAACUAGAUACCCCUUACUCCGGGAGGAACUUCUGUACUCGAAUCAUAUACCAGUACGUGAUGAAAACCAUCCAGAGAACGGCAACGCUGAACGUUUCCAAGAUGUACUACAUUGCAAUUGUGCGUGUAGGACCCGUUGUGCCCUUGUAACGACACUCACUCUUUGCCCAGAUCACGAACGUCAUGAUUAG